AUGGUUUAUAGCACAGUAUGGUAUGUGAACUCAUAUUCCACAAUGAAUGCAGCACGGAGGUCAGCCAGGAUAGAUUCAGAAGUGACAGAAUCCCAGAUGGAACCCUCCAUCAAUGCCACCGAGAUGCCCUCCAAGGAGAACGUUUUUUCAAACAUGAAAGAUAAAUUCAUGAACAAAUUGGGGAAACUGCCAAUACCACCAUGGGCUUUGGCCACCAUUCUCAUUGUUGCUGGCCUCUUGCUUCUCUGCUGCUGCUUCUGCGUUUUUAAAAAAUGCUGUGGCAAGAAGAAGAAAGGGAAGAAAGGCAAAGACAAAGUCAAGGCACAAAUCAACAUGAAGGAAGUGAAGGAGUUGGGCAAAAGCUACAUUGAUAAGGUACAGCCAGAGGUUGAGGAUUUAGAUCCAUCAUUGUUACAGGAAUCCGAAGUAGAGAAGCCAGAGGAGAAACUGGGGAAACUCCAGUACUCUCUUGAUUAUGACUUCCAGAGCACACAGCUGGUUGUGGGUAUUAUACAAGCUGCUGACCUCCCAGCGCUGGACAUUGGGGGCACCUCUGAUCCUUAUGUCAAAGUCUUCCUGCUUCCAGAGAAGAAGAAAAAGUUUGAAACCAAAGUUCAUCGCAAAACUCUCAAUCCUACAUUUAAUGAAUCUUUCACCUUUAAAGUCCCUUAUUCAGAACUCGGUGGUAAGAUCCUCGUCAUGGCCGUCUACGACUUUGACCGUUUCUCCAAGCAUGAUGUCAUUGGUGAGAUCCGUAUCCCCAUGAACACGGUGGACCUGGCACACGUGAUUGAGGAGUGGCGAGAUCUGCAGUCAGCAGAGAAGGAGGAGCAUGAGAAGUUGGGAGACAUUUGUUUUUCACUCCGAUAUGUCCCUACUGCUGGGAAACUGACAGUGAUUGUGCUAGAAGCCAAAAAUCUCAAAAAGAUGGAUGUGGGAGGGCUUUCAGAUCCAUAUGUGAAGAUCCAUCUCAUGCAGGGAGGGAAACGUAUCAAGAAGAAGAAAACAACCAUCAAGAAAAAUACACUGAAUCCCUAUUAUAAUGAAUCCUUCAGCUUUGAGGUGCCUUUUGAACAAAUCCAGAAAGUCCAAGUUGUCCUGACGGUGCUGGAUUACGAUAAACUAGGCAAGAACGAGGCCAUUGGGAAGAUCUUUGUAGGCUGUAAUGCCACGGGUACCGAGCUGCGCCAUUGGUCUGAUAUGCUGGCCAAUCCCCGGAGACCUAUUGCUCAGUGGCACACUCUGCAACCUGAAGAUGAGGUGGACGCAGCAAUUGGAAUUAAGACCUCUUGAUAUCCUUCAUUUCCAAGCCGACUUCUCCGGCAACCAUUCCAUCUCCCAUCCAAAGCAAAUGGGAGUGUGUGUU